AUGGCAAUAUCACACCACUCCGAGGAGCCACCUCCCAGCUAUGAAGCCGCUACAGCAUCGUCUUCGGACCCCUCACCUGGUAUUCGACGUGUGUCGACUGACGGCCCAGCUGCCCGCCUAGAACGCAAUGGCAUUGCACCUGAACGACGCCGAUCCAUGGAAGAUGAGCUUCGCGAGCUGCCUCCUGGCUGGGUCCGUUCCUUUGAUCCAGAGUCGCAACAUCAGUUCUUCGUUGACACACGAGCCAAUCCCCCACGUAGCAUCUGGGUACACCCAUACGAUGAUGAUGAAUUCCUGAACACGUUGGGCCCAGAGGAGCGGAGCCGGCACACUAGGAUGCGCAGGACGAUGACGCUCGAGGAUCUCGCGGCGGAGGAUUCAGACGACGACCACAACGAUGCACAGCUUCCUCCAAGGCCAGAUGCGCGAAGCAAGGCGCCGGCCACUGGGGAGCCAGCCGCAAGGGGCCUCUCUGGCUUCUCCCGCCGACUCAAGGACAAGAUCACCGGACAGACUCAUGAAGAGCGGGCACAGGCUCGUGCUCGACGUGCAGAGGCGGAGAAGCAAGCCUAUCUUGCACAUAUGCGUGCACGACAGGCGAUGAUCCGCGCCAUUGAGACUGGAGAACCACAGUUGCUGGGUAAAGAUCGUCAGGGCAGGGACGUCUAUAUCGAGCCUCCGCAUGGACCCUACGCACAGAGGCCUGCGUACGGCUACAGCCCUUAUACCAGCAAUCCCUAUCGGAAUCCCAACAUGCGAUACAUGCGACCGGCGGCUCCCUAUGGAAGGCCAUAUGGAUACGGUUAUGGUGGAGGUGCAGGGCUUCCGAUUGCUGCCGGUGUGCUGGGCGGUGCUUUGCUUGGGACCGCGCUGUUCUAG